AGCUGAUGUGAGUCAGCCAGACCUGCGAGGGGCGGAGGGUCAGGACUCCAGGCAGCGCUGGCCCGGAGCCACCCGUGGGACGGGGAGCCAGGGCCCUCCAGCUCUCUGAGCCUCAGUUUCCCCAUCAGUCAGCGAGAGGGGCCCGACGCCUUCCCCCCCCGCGGAGGCUCGGUGACAUCGCCCGUCAACAGAAGCACCGCAUUUAUGGCAAUCCCCGCUGGCCCCCGAAAGGACACUCCCCAAGUCCCCAGCCGGGGGCCCUGCGUAGACCUGGAGUGGACACCCCCUCCUUCCCUUCAUGAUUCGUUUGUAGCGCAGUGGCGAUGGAUGAUGAGGAUGGGAGAUGCUUACUAGACGUGAUUUGUGACCCUCAGGCCCUCAAUGACUUCCUACAUGGAUCCGAGAAGCUCGAUGGUGAUGACCUCCUGGAUAACCCCGGGGAGGCCCAAAGUGCCUUCUAUGAAGGUCCUGGGCUCCAUGUGCAAGAAGCUUCUGGCAACCACUUGAGCCCAGAGCCCACGCAGCCGGCCCCCAGCGUGGACCUCGACUUCCUGGAGGAUGCGAUCCUGGGCUCGCCUGCCGCGGGGGGCGGUGGCGGGGGUGGCGGGGGCGCCGACCAGCCCUGCGACAUCCUCCAGCAGAGCCUCCAAGAGGCCAACAUCACUGAGCAGACACUUGAGGCCGAGGCCGAGCUGGACCUGGGCCCCUUCCAGCUGCCCACCCUACAGCCUGCGGAUGGCGGAGCAGGCCCGGCGGGUGCCGGAGGGGCUGCUGCCGUGGCCGCUGGGCCCCAGGCCCUGUUCCCAGGUGGCACCGACCUGCUGGGGCUGCAGGCCCCGCCCACCGUGCUGACCCACCAGGCCCUGGUGCCGCCCCAGGACGUGGUCAACAAAGCCCUGAGCGUCCAGCCCUUCCUGCAGCCUGUGGGCCUGGGCAAUGUGACCCUGCAGCCCAUCCCAGGCCUCCAGGGCCUGCCCAACGGCAGCCCUGGGGGCGCCACGGCGGCCACGCUCGGCCUGGCACCCAUCCAGGUGGUGGGCCAGCCCGUCAUGGCACUCAACCCGCCCACCUCCCAGCUCCUUGCCAAGCAGGUGCCCGUCAGUGGCUAUCUGGCCUCAGCAGCCGGCCCCUCAGAGCCAGUGACCUUGGCGUCCGCCGGCGUCUCGCCCCAGGGGGCUGGCCUGGUCAUUCAGAAGAACCUCCCCACCGCCGUGGCCACCACACUCAACGGGAACUCGGUGUUUGGAGGGGCAGGCGCAGCCACGGCAGCGGCCAGUGGGGCGCCCUCAGGGCCACCGCUGGCGGUGGCCCCCGGCCUCGGCACGUCACCGCUGGUCCCGGCGCCCAACGUGAUCCUGCAUCGCACGCCCACGCCCAUCCAGCCCAAGCCUGCCGGCGUGCUGCCCCCCAAGCUCUACCAGCUGACACCCAAGCCAUUCGCCCCAGCAGGCACCACACUCACCAUCCAGGGCGAGGCGGGGGGCCUCCCACAGCAGACCAAGGCCCCCCAGAACCUGACUUUCAUGGCAGCGGGCAAGGCCGGCCAGAACGUGGUGCUGUCAGGCUUCCCCGCACCUGCCCUGCAGGCGAAUGUCUUCAAGCAGCCUCCUGCCACCACGACCGGGGCCGCCCCACCCCAGCCCCCUGGGGCCCUGAGCAAGCCAAUGAGCGUCCACCUCUUGAAUCAAGGCAGCAGCAUUGUCAUCCCUGCCCAGCACAUGCUGCCGGGCCAGAACCAGUUCCUGCUGCCAGGCACACCCGCCGUCCAGCUCCCCCAGACGCUCUCUGCCCUGCCCACCAACGUCGGCGGGCAGAUCCUGGCGGCCGCGGCCCCCCACGCAGGCGGACAGCUCAUCGCAAACCCCAUCCUCACCAACCAGAACCUGGCGGGUCCACUGAGCCUGGGCCCCGUGCUGGCCCCCCACUCUGGGGCCCACAGCGCAGCCCACAUCCUCUCGGCCGCCCCCAUCCAAGUGGGCCAGCCGGCGCUCUUCCAGAUGCCUGUGUCCCUGGCCGCAGGCAGCCUGCCCACGCAGAGCCAGCCGGCACCCACCGGCCCCUCUGCCACGACCGUCCUCCAGGGAGUCACUCUGCCCCCCAGCGCUGUGGCCAUGCUCAACACCCCUGAUGGGCUGGUGCAGCCAGCCACCCCUGCUGCCACGGGGGAGGCCACGCCUGUCCUCACGGUUCAGACAGCCCCCCAGGCGCCACCGACGGUCAGCACCCCGCUGCCUUUGGGCCUCCAGCAGCCACCGGCCCAGCAGCAGCCCCCACAGGCCCCUACUGCUCAGGCCGCCGCCCCGCCUCAGGCCACCACCCCCCAGCCCAGCCCAGGCCUGGCGUCCAGCCCCGAGAAGAUCGUCCUGGGACAGCCGCCCUCUGCCGCCACCACGGCCAUCCUCACUCAGGACUCCCUGCAGAUGUUCCUGCCCCAGGAGAGGAGCCAGCAGCCCCUCUCCGCAGACGGCCCCCACCUCUCCGUGCCCGCCUCGGUCAUAGUCAGCGCCCCGCCUCCCGCCCAAGACCCAGCCCCGAGCACCCCCAUCGCCAAAGGAGCUGGCCUCGGCCCUCAGGCCCCCGACAGCCAGGCUUCCCCAGCGCCGGCCCCCCAGAUCCCGGCAGCGGCUCCGCUGAAGGGCCCAGGCCCCUCCUCGUCCCCGUCACUACCUCACCAGGCCCCUCUGGGAGACAGCCCCCACCUGCCCUCGCCACAUCCCGCCAGGCCUCCCUCCCGCCCCCCCUCCCGCCCCCACUCCCGCCCCCCCUCUCAGCCCCAGAGCUUGUCCCGCCCACCCUCAGAGCCCACCCUGCACCCUUGCCCCCCGCCCCAGGCACCCCCUACCCUGCCUGGCAUCUUUGUCAUCCAGAACCAGCUGGGAGUCCCCCCACCUGCCAACACCCCGGCCCCCACUGCCCCAGGCCCACCCCAGCCCCCCCUGCGCCCCCCAUCCCAGCCCCCAGAGGGGCCACUGCCCCCAGCCCCCCACCUCCCUCCCACCUCCACAUCCUCUGUCGUGGCCUCCACGGAUACAGCCACCAGGCUGCCAGCCCCUACGCCCCCCGACUUCCAGCUCCAGUUCCCGCCCAGCCAGGGGCCCCACAAGUCCCCCACGCCCCCUCCAACCCUCCACCUGGUCCCUGAGCCCGCAGCGCCCCCCCCACCGCCUCCUCGGACCUUCCAGAUGGUGACCACUCCCUUCCCGGCGCUGCCCCAGCCGAAGGCUCUUCUCGAGAGAUUUCACCAGGUGCCGUCCGGAAUCAUUCUCCAGAACAAGGCCGGGGGGGCGCCCGCCGCCCCGCAGACCUCCGCCAGCCUGGGGCCCCUCGCCAGCCCCACUGCCUCUGUGCUGGUCAGCGGGCAGGCCCCGUCCGGGACCCCCACCGCCCCCAGCCAUCCCCCUGCCCCGGCACCCAUGGCCACCGCAGGCCUCCCUCCUCUGCUUCCUGCCGAGAGCAAAGCUUUUGCCAGCACCCUCCCGACCCUGAGUGUGGCCAAGGCCACUGCGGCUGGGCCAGGGAAGUCCUCCGGGCUGCAGUAUGAAAGCAAGAUGAGCAGUCUGAAGAAACCCCCCGCGCUUCAGCCCAGCAAAGAAGCCUGUUUCCUGGAACAUUUGCACAAACAUCAGGGCUCCGUCCUGCACCCUGACUACAAGACAGCCUUCCCCUCCUUCGAGGAUGCCCUGCAUCGCCUCCUGCCCUACCAUGUCUACCAGGGUGCCCUCCCCUCCCCCAACGACUACCACAAAGUGGACGAGGAGUUUGAGACGGUUUCCACGCAGCUGCUGAAACGCACCCAGGCCAUGCUCAAUAAAUACCGCCUCCUGCUUCUGGAGGAGUCCCGGAGGGUGAGCCCCUCCGCAGAGAUGGUGAUGAUCGACCGAAUGUUCAUUCAGGAGGAGAAGACCACCCUUGCCUUGGACAAACAGUUGGCCAAGGAGAAGCCCGAUGAGUAUGUGUCUUCCUCGCGCUCUCUUGGCCUCCCCAUCGCUGCCUCUUCUGAGGGACACCGGCUCCCUGGCCAGGGCCCAGCAGCAUCGUCAGUGUCCGGGGCCCCCGCCCAGCCCCCUCUGCACCUGCCAACCAAGCUGGUGAUUCGGCACGGUGGCGCGGGGGGCUCCCCUUCGGUGACCUGGGCACGGGCGCCCUCCUCCUCCUCCUCCUCCUCCUCCUCGUCCUCCUCGGCCGCCUCCUCCCUGGACGCCGAUGAGGACGGCCCCAUGCCAUCCCGCAACCGCCCUCCCAUCAAGACCUACGAGGCCCGUAGCCGCAUCGGCCUCAAGCUCAAGAUCAAGCAGGAAGCUGGGCUCAGCAAGGUUGUCCACAACACCGCCCUGGACCCUGUGCACCAGCCCCCGCCCCCUGCGGCCCUCAAGGCAGCAGAGCCCCCGCCCCGGCCCCCGCCGCCACCGCCACCCCCGGCCACGGGCCAGAUGAACGGCACAGUGGACCACCCGCCGCCCGCCGCCCCGGACCGCAAGCCCACGGCCCUGGCCCCCCACUGCCCCCGGCUGCCCCUGCGGAAGACAUACCGCGAGAACGUGGAGGCCCUGGGCGCCGGGGCCGGGGAGGGGGCCGGGAGCGGCAGAGCCCGGGGCAGCAGUCCGGCGCCACUGCCCACCAAAGUGGACGAGGCCACGAGCGGGCUCAUCCGCGAGCUGGCCGCGGUGGAGGACGAGCUGUACCAGCGCGUGCUGAAGGGGGCCCCCCCGGAGCCUGCGGCCAGCGCCGGGCAGGGCAGCGGCAGCAGGGACCCCGGCUGGGAGGCGCCCCCCGCCAAGCGGCGCAAGUCCGAGUCGCCCGACGUGGACCAGGCCAGCUUCUCCAGCGACAGUCCGCAGGACGACACGCUCACGGAACACCUCCAGAGCGCCAUCGACAGCAUCCUGAACCUCCAGCAGGCCCCGGGGCGGACACCUGCACCCCCGUACCCCCACGCCGCCCCGACGGCCGUCCCGCCUGCCUCCCCGUCGCCCCUGCACAGGCCAGAGGCCUACCCGCCCUCCAGUCACAACGGUGGCCUCGGCGCCAGGACGUUGAACAGAUAACACCGGGCUGGUCUUCGCUUCCCUGGCCCCUGUCCUGCGCAUGCGCGGGCGGCGGCGGGCGGGGGGGGGGGGCAGCGGCGGGGGGGGGGGGCGGCAGACGGGCGCCUGACCUCAGCCUCCUGGGGGACACGAGCCGGGGAUCCCCUGACCGAUUUUUCUUGCCUAAGUUAUUUGAGUCACAAAGGCCUCCUCCCCCACUUCCUGCUUCAGCCGGGUUGUUGGGUGGAGGUUGUGGAUUGAGGGGAGGGGGCUGUAAUGUAAAAUGUCCCCCUGCCAAAGGUGGGGGUAAUCCCGGUGUGUCAUUUCCUAUUUCUUCCCGCUUCCUGCCACACUCCGCCCCUCCGUGGGGGAGGGGAGGGGGGACACGUGUGUGUUUGCCAGGGAUGGAGGUACCCUGGUCGUACCCACUGCUCACGCGUGUCCCGGUACUGGGCUUGUCCGUGUGGCCGCACAGAUCCACGCGUCGAGGGCGCUCAAAGCCGCGAGGGUCCUUCGCGAGCCUCGCUCAGCCUCUCCCUACCGCCCCCCACAGGCUGUAAAAGGAAACGCAGGGAAGGGCGGGCGUCAGCCAGCGUCCCGGACCCCCACCUCGGAGGGCUGUGCCCGCGGGCACCUGUGUCCCAUCCAUGUGUGUGCGUCCAGCUCCGCGUCCCGUGUCCCUGUGUGUGUGCUCGAGUGAGCGAGCGAGAGAGAGAGAGAGAGAGUUCGAACCCUCCCGCCCCUCGACUGAAAUCCGAACACCUCCAAAACAGGAAACCCGGGUCUUCCUCCCCACCCCUCCAUCCCUCCCCAGCCAGUCUUCCCUCUGUUCUUCCUGCCGCCAGCCACCCGCGCCAGAUUUUGAAAUCUCGGAGACAAAACUAGUACUGUAAGAUAAAUUUUUUUGUACUGUAUUUAUUGUGUAUAACGAUUUUUUUAAAGGAGAAUUCUGUACAUUUAGAACUCUUGUAAAUUAAAAACUGAUCCUUUUUU